AUGGGUGGUGACAGCAAAAAGCUGGCGGAGAAGCUCGUCAACGGUCCUUCUUUGCCUCAUUUUGCCAUGGCGGUUGCAAGGCUUUGCGCUUCUGGCUCAGCCUUCGCCGCGCUGCGGACGGACGGGACGGUCGUCAGCUGGGGGGAUGCCAGCUGCCAGCAGUUCGCCACAGAGGUGCAGCAGCUGAUCGCCACGCAGUAUUCCUUUGCGGCGCUUCGAUCCGACGGCAAAGUCAUUGCCUGGGGCCCCUUGAACAGCCACGAGCUUGUGGGAGUCCAGCAGCUGGUUGCUUCAGCCGCGGCCUUUGCUGCCCUGCGCCACGAUGGAACGGUCGUCUCCUGGGGAUCUUCAGAGUUUGGAGGAGACUGCCAGGACGUCGCGGGCCGCUUAACGGAAGUCAAGGCGGUCGUCGCCGCCCGCUGCGCGUUUGAGGCCACGGCGGCCGAGCCUGCCGCCUAUGCCCUCAUCCGGGAGACUGGAGCGGUGACAUCCCUGAGCCCGGCUGAGGCGCUUGUGCAAAAACAGUACUUGUGGGCCGAUUGCCGACGUUACCUGUGGCUGGAGAGUGGAAGGAAAGGCAGGCCUUUCCGUGGGCUUGGUCUGUGUGUAAAUGACGAAGCCGUGAAGGUCAUCGCGCAAGCAUUGUAG